GAUAGCCACACAUUGUAUUAUUUUCAAGGUUACUUUUUGUAACCUUAUCUUAAACAGAGUAACAGUUGUUCUCUUGCUAUUUUUCUCUUCUCGUUCUGCUCUGAAGGUUUCAGGAUAAGAUUUUACACUCUUGAGAUCACUACAAACAGAAGCAACAUGGGGUUUUCAGAUGAAAUUGCAGGCACAGUUAAGCAAGACUCUGAAAGACUGCGUGAGCUGAAAGCAUUUGAUGACAUGAAAACCGGUGUUAAAGGCCUUGUUGAUGAAGGGGUUGCAAAGAUCCCAAGAAUAUUUCAUCAUCAACCUGAUAAAUUUGUGAAGGCCUCAAAUUUAGGCAACACAGAACAUAUUAUUCCUGUUAUAGACCUUGCAGGUGUUGGCAAAGAUCAAAGUACACGCCAAGAAAUCAUAGGCAGAAUAAGGGAAGCAUCUGAGACAUGGGGUUUCUUUCAGGUUGUUAAUCAUGGCAUCCCUGUGACUGUUCUAGAGGACAUAAAAGAUGGGGUGCGAAGGUUUCAUGAAAAAGAUAGUGAGGUGAAAAAAGAGCUAUAUACCCGUGAUCAGACUAGGCCAUUUGUUUAUAAUAGCAACUUUGAUCUGUAUAGUUCACCAGCACUCAAUUGGAGGGACACUUUUGCUUGUUACUUGGCUCCUUAUACUCCCAAACCAGAAGAUUUGCCAGUAGUAUGCAGGGAUAUACUUCUGGAAUAUGGGACAAAUAUAAUGAAACUGGGAAUUGCACUGUUUGAAUUACUAUCAGAAGCUCUUGGGCUACAUUCAGACCAUUUAAAAAACAUGGGUUGUGCUGAGGGGCUUUUUUUUCUUGGCCAUUACUAUCCUGCAUGCCCUGAACCAGAAUUGACUAUGGGAACAACCAAGCAUUCUGAUAAUUGUUUUCUCACAGUGCUUCUCCAAGACCAUAUUGGUGGCCUCCAGGUUCUUUACAAGGACAAGUGGAUUGAUAUACCCCCAGUACCUGGGGCUCUUGUAGUUAAUAUUGGUGAUCUUCUGCAGGCAAGUUUUCUAUUCAAGAGUGUUGAACAUAGAGUACUGGCAAAUCACAUAGGUCCAAGAAUAUCUUUUGCAUGCUUUUUCAGGACUCAUCCUAAAUCAUCACCGAAGCUCUACGGACCUAUAAAAGAAUUAUUAUCAGAAGAAAAUCCUCUCAAAUACAGAGAAACCACAGUUACAGAUUAUGUAGCCUACUACAAUGCAAAAGGCCUUGAUGGAACCUCUGCUCUUCAACAUUACAGGAUUUGAGCUAGAUAAUAUAGACUGAGAUGGUUUAUUUAGCAAGAUAAAUGAAUAAACUACAUAAGCUGGAAAUAAUAGCAUUUAUCAAAUGCAAUAUGAUUGUGGAUUUAAACUGGUUUUAUAUUUAUGUAACAUGUCACGUCCUACCUAAGAAAUUUUAUAGUGUUUAAUUAUUUAUUAAUAAAAUAGGGUUAUAAAUAGGCUGGUAAACGAACCAGGGGUCUUUGGUCUAGCUCAUGAAGGUCUGGGCUUAUAUGUUUAAAAUUAGUUGUUGUAAUCAGACUUUGACUUAUAUAAAACCUUGUUUAAUAAAAAGGUAUCAAACUUCAAUUCAAAAGUCUGGCCUUAAAGCCUCUCGGGCUGGUCUAGUAUACUGAUUUUUAUUUUUAUUUUAUAUUUUUUAUACUACUCAUAAUAG